CACCAAACCUCUCUGACCUUAUUUCAUUCCCACCCCCACAAAGGAAAGUGCUUUAUAAAAGGACUCCACAGUUCUCACAGGCAGAGGAUACCCAAACCAACCGCAAACAUGAUCCAAGGUUCGCGUUCAGCAAACAACAGGAAAGAUAUUCUCCUCAACAUUUUCCUCUUCCUCCUAGCUACAAAAUUCGAUAAAAGCUUUCAGUUACCACUGAGCGACUGCGGCUCAGAGUACAGACGUCCAGAGUACAGAGACAUCUCUGUAGACUGUGGAACGGAGUACAUCAAUCUGGCUAUCAAAUUCUGUCCUGUCGUGUACACCGGCUACAACGAAUCAGAGUUAAUUCUCAACAACAUCAUGAAUAACCCAGAGUGCCAUGCAACCCUCGAUACUACCGUUUUACCUCCCGUAGCCCGAUUUAGCUUCCCGAUUAACUCAACCAAUGCCUGUGGCAGCAACUUUGUUACAACAAGGAGCGUAGGGACAGGCGUAUUCUCAGACUUCUCCAACAUCGAGACGGUCAACAUCAGUGGAAUUAUACGAUCGAAAGACAUCACAACAGGCACUGUGACGUAUAACGCUGAGCUGAAGUACUACUACUCGUGCGCCUAUCCUUUGGAGUACCUGAUCAACAACACUCGGAUGGAUGUGUCGGGUUCCUCGAUUGCAGUAAAAGACAACAAUGGCAGUUUAAUCAGCACUCUGAAUCUUAGACUCUUCAGUGACAUAAACUACACCCAGCCUCUUGUUAUGCCUCCCCUCGGUCUUGAGCUGAGGACUAAUGUGUUUGUGCAAGUGGAGGCCACCAACUUGACCUCCCAGUACUUUUUGCUGCUGGACAGAUGCUUUGCCUCCAUUUCCACCAUCCCCACCACCAGGAGCAACUUCAACCUCUUUAUGCCUUGCAGCGGUGAUCGGCUCACUAAAAUGCUGGUGAAUGGGGAGAUGCAAACUGCUCGGUUCUCGUUUCCGGCCUUCCGCUUCACAGAGCAGCAGAACCAGACAGUAUCAACAUACUAUCUGCACUGUAUUACAAGACUCUGUGAAAUAUCAACCUGCAGUGCAUUUAGGCAAUGUGGCAAACGAAAAAGGAGAGACGUUGUGCCUUUGACCACCACUCCUUCUCCAAAUGGAGUCACAGAAACCAGAACCAUCACAUCACCAGCCAUCAUCAUACGUGCAGAUAAUGUGGUUGCAACAAAAGAGGAAGAAGUCACAAUCAGCAUGAAACCACCUUCAGACUCCUCUGUGGGUAUUGGCGUGGCUGUGGGCAUCCUGGCAUUUGCCUGCAUCUUGAUUGUAGGAAUGGGAGCAGUUUUCUACAAGAAAUACUGGCACAACGCACCUUCAGAAAUGCCCCGGUGAGCUGAGACACCCUGCUCCAAGAGAGGACUGCCGCUGGAGGGCUGAGCAGGGCUCAGCGUAGAACUGUUUUGUACAUCUCGAUCUUUUAUAUAUUGGUGAAUAAUCAUAGCUUAAACUUGUGUUUGACCUGGGAAUACAUGUUUAAAGCACAACCAAAACAGAGAUUUAAUCCUUAGUUUAUAUAUAAUGCAAUAUGAAUUCUCUGUGAUUUGUAUUUUGGAAUUGAGGUGCAUUAAAAAUACUGACCCAUCAAAUGAAUCCAAUCCCAAUGAGCUUACACUGUGGUACCUGUAAAACCCAAAAAGAAAAUAAACUCACAUGUGUGUGGAGGGUUCUGGAGCUCUUCAAGACAGUCCCAAAUACCUUCUAAAAUGUUAUAUGUUAUUUAUUAAAGACUACUCUUUCUGCUUAACCCUCAUGCAAUUUUGACAUCCUCAUGUCUAAAGACUACUCAUGCACAGCCUAAAACAUCCCUGCAUUUACAAUGAAACUUAUAACUUUUAAAUCAAUAAAGAAAUAGCAGAGUAUUAUAGAUUCCUUCUGCAUGUUCUACUUCAUAAAUAAAGAAAUGCAAAUGAAAGCAAUUUCGAAUGAGAGUGAGCCGAAGGAGAGUGCAGCAAAGCGUUGAUCUUUAGAUCUGAAGUUAUGUUCUUGGCCCUGCAAUUUGUAUCUUUUUAAUUCCUAUGGCAGACUGAGCUCUUAAAAGUAGAUGUACAUUUGUGAUUCAUCCAUUAAUGCAUGCUUCAUAUGAAUAAAGGCUGCUGGUAAAAGAACAAAUCACUGUCCUCUUGAUUGGAUUCUUACUUAGUAGCAGUAAAAUAGAAUUAAGAUAAAUAGCAUUUGGGUCUUUUAGAACUAUUAUGCACACUUAAAAUGUGACAGAGGUGAGUGUAAAAGGUUGUAGAAAAUACCUAUUUAAAAGUUGUCUAUAUGCUGCAAAUAGGCACCUACUGUAGCUAAAG